CUCAUGCUUAUCCCAUGAAAUUUGUCUACCCGCCCCCUGCACUUAGCCACUCCCUCCCAGCUAACUACCUGCUAGCAACCAGCUAUAUUUAUCAGAAUAAUUUGCAAGCUGUACAUGCAUGGAUCACUCUCAGUCCUUUUAGUGCUACUGACUGCUGCUUACAUAAGCUACCAACUGAGUAAUCUAUCACUGAACGUCUGAUUUGCAGAUUAGUAGACAAGAUGACUGAGAUAUUUAAAAAUUCUAAAAGUGAACGAACUCCGGUCCCCGUGGUUAUAAUAGGUAAUGGACCAUCAGGAAUCUGUCUGUCUUAUCUGUUGUCUGGGUACACUCCAUAUGUAAAAGAAGGAUCUGUACAUCCAAACCCCAUAUUACAGAGAAAGCUUGAGGAAUACCCAAAUGUUCCUGUAACACAGCAGGACUUGGAGUAUCUGUCAGAAGGUUUAGAGGGCCGCUCACACAGUCCAGUUGCUCUUCUUUUUGACUCACUCCUCAGGCCAGACACAGACUUUAUUGGAGAUGUUGAUUCAGUUCUGAGCUGGAAAUUGGAGCCAGAAAGAGCAAUUCCACAUCUGGUGCUUGGAAGAGGCCCUCCCGGGGGAGCAUGGAAUGCCAUUGAGGGCUCUAUGAUCACUCUUAGCCGAGGCGAAUGGAUGGGGCUCCCUGAUCUUAACUUCAAGGACUGGAUGAGAAUGAAGAGAAGGAACUUCAGGAACGACAGGUCCACUGCAGGCGAUAUCCUGAAUUAUUACCAGCACUAUGUGCAAUCCAAGGGCCUGCAGGACAACUUCGUUUCAGGCUGUGUUAUGUCAGUGGUAAAAAUAAAUGAAAGUGCUGAACUUGACACGUUAUUACAUAGCCAUAAUGAGUGUAAGGAGGAAGCUAAUCAAGCAAGGACCCUCUUUCAAGUGAAUGGGUUUUUAGAUGAUGGCUGCGGGUCCAAACAGAAGUUCUCUAUAUAUGCAAAGAAUGUGGUGCUUGCUACUGGAACCUUCGACAGUCCAACUUGGCUAGGGGUCCAUGGAGAAGACCUCCCCUUUGUAUCACACCAGAUCUCUGCAUUAGAGGAGGCGGUGAAGUCACAUCGUGUUCACCCAAACUCUGAUCCAGUGCUUAUCAUAGGAGCAGGACUGACUGCUGCUGAUGCUGUUUUGCUUGCACACCACUACAAUAUACCUGUAAUUCACUCCUUCCGGAGACGUGUUAAUGACCCAGCUCUUAUUUUUAACCAGCUGCCACAAGUUAUGUAUCCCGAGUAUCACAAAGUUCAUCAGAUGAUGAAAGAACAGUCAAUUUUUGGGACUGGCCCUUAUGAAGGGUACAUUAGUCUCCCUGAGCACCAUGCUGUCAGUUUUCAUGGGGACAAGAAGUGUAUUUUCAGAGACAAACAUGGUCAGCACAAAGUGUUCGGAGUUUCCAUGGUUCUUAUCCUCAUUGGUUCCAAUCCUAACUUGUCCUUUCUCCCAAACAAUGGUACUCACCUGGCUUUAGAUAUUGAUCAGCCUGUCAGUCCUAAAAGGAACCCACUUGACAUUGAUCCAAUCUCUUAUGAGUGUGUCCAAGAGAAAAGUCUCUAUGCUGUGGGUCCUCUGGCUGGUGACUAUUUUGUGCGGUUUGUCCAAGGAGGAGCUUUGGCAUCAGCAAGUUCACUAAUGAAGAGUCAGAAAAAGCCUCCUUAAUAAUCUAAAAGCAAUUGCUGUCAACGUCCAUAAAACCAUCAGACACGAUAGUGCAUUCCUCAGACAGUUUUAUAUCUGUCAAAAAUCAAAUGCAAAAGAAUUGUUACAGCUCAGUUUUAUGUUGACCUGUCCACCUGUAUCGUUACCUCUAGUUGUAAUUGUUACAGUUUACAAACAUAAAGUGCAAUACAUUUUUAUAGUAAUAAAUGUGACCACUGAUACACCUAGAUAACAGUUCCGACCCAUCUCCUAGGUCAUGCUGUUUAAUAUUUCUUGAAGUCUAAAAUUCUUUGGAUUUGGUUCACAUAGCCAGUCAUAAUAAUUGUUUUAAAGAAAAUUAUACCUUUCCAAAGCACAGGAAUAUGGAAAAGGUAGGCAAUGCUAAGCAUGGGCCAAACUUCAGAUUUGGCAUUCGUUUACUAAAUGAAUGCCUAAUAUGGUUGCAGGCAGCAGCAUUUGGUACUAUUCAAUGCCAGACAUAUCAAUGUGAAAGAGCAACACACAAAGAUCGGUUCAAAUUCAGAUUUUAUGUGUUGCACUUUGACAUUGAUAUAUCAGGGACAGAAAAUAACUGAAUGCCUCUGCCUGCAACCAUUUUUGACAUUCGUAAAGGCUAAGGUAGGAUUUACUGAUUAACCCUUUAAGGACCGAGUAUUUCAGACUAAAACUUCCUCAAAAGACUAGAGCAUUUUUGCCAUCACUACAUUUAAACAGAAAUAGAGCCUUUUUUAUAUGUGCCUAUCAAAACCAUAUAUUUGUUUUAGUAGACAACCCAAUGUAUUGAUCUAGGCCCAUUUUGGUAUAUUCACCGCCAAAUGCAAUCAAAUUAAAAAAAAAUGUUAUUUUUUUCACUAACUUUAGGUUUCUCACUGAAAUUAUUUACAGAUUGUGCAAUCAUGGCACAAAUGGUUGUAAAUGCUUCUGUGGGAUCCCCUUUGUUCAGAAAUAGCAGACAUAUAUGGCUUUGCCAUUGCUUUUUGGUAAUUGGAAGGCCGCUAAUUACAGCUGUGCACCACACGUUUAUUAUUCCCAGUAGUGAAGGGGUAAAUCAGGUAGCUUGUAAGGUUCAUUUUAGCUUUAGUGCAGAGAUUACCCUCCCACCUGACACUUCUCACCCCCAGAUCCCUACCUGACCCCUCUCAAACAGCUCUUUUGCCUCCCCCACCCCCUAAUGGUCACCCCCAUCUUAAGUACUGGCAGAAAGUAUGCCAGUAUGAAAAUAUAAGGCUUUUUAAUGAUUUUUUUCCCUAUUUUCUGCAGUGUAGGAUCCCCCUGAACCCCACCCCCAAACAGCUCUCUAAACCUCCCCCCUCUACCUAUUAGCUGCAAUCGUAAGUACUGGCAGCUGUCUGCCAGUACCCAGUUUGCUAUAAUUAUUAUUAUUUUUUUAAAAAACAUUUUUCCUGUAGUGUAGCAGCCCCCCUCAUUAACUACCCCCUCCCAGAUCGCUUUCCCACCCUCUUAUCCCCUUUCCACUAUAGGAGACCCCUCUCCCUCCUUCACCCUCUUCCCACUCCCUCCUUCCCACUCACUGCCUCUCUAAAUAAAAGAAAUGCGUAGCGGUCCCACCCGCUCCCGCCCCCCUCCAGCGAUGGGCCGCCCGCCCGCAUCCCUCCUAACCCUCCCACACAUCAAUGAUCAGCACCACCUAUGUCCGAUGCAGAGAGAGCUUUCUGCAUCAGUAACUCUGCCCGUCUAUUUCUGCACUGCUACACUCAUACAAAAAGUAGCGAGAUCGUGGCAGAGAGGCCAAGGACAGCAGACGCUAGUCCUUAAGGGCAUAACGACCAGCGUUGUACAGGGUACGGCCCUGGUCGUUAAGGGGUUAAACUUCAUCACACUUCAUCACACUUCAUCUGUAGAUAGUUCUAUUUAAAGUUAACAAUCAAAAUGGCAGGCCCUAAAAUCCUCCUUGUAUUUCGCCAGUAAAGAAAAAAAAUAUAUAUUUUCUUGUUGUAAAUAAUGUAUUUUGUCAAUGAAACAAAUGAUAUGCUUUAUUUUUAACACGUUGGAAUUAUAUUUGUAUAUUAUUUUAAUUCCUUUUUGAAUUCAGCAGUAAAAUAAAAUAAAAUUAUAUAAAUAAAAUACAGAAAAUAAUAUUAACUGGUUACUUAAAGGAAAAUCAAAUUUUUUUUUAAAACUAUUUUUGUACAAGUUACUGCGGGUGCAAUAUUUUUAUACUUUCAAGCUGCUUGUUUUUAAUGUUUGUGGUUAUAUUUUUCAGACAUUUUAAAUAAAGUUUUUAUACUUUUAA